CCCUUUCCCAGCGCGCCGCGCGUCGGUACAGGCUCAGGCGCUGCGGGAGCGGGGAGCCGCGGCCAUGAGCCGCCUGGGCGCAGUGCAGCGGAAGGUGCCCUGCCUCUUCGUCACCCAGGUCAAGGAGGAGCCGUCGGCCAAGCGGGAGCGCCAGCCGUUUAAAGUUUUGGCAACAGAGACUCUAACUCGAAAGGCAAUAGAUGCAGAUAUAUACAAUGCAAUUCCGACUGAAAAGGUGGAUGGAACCUGCUGUUAUGUAACUACAUAUAAAGGGCGACCAUACCUAUGGGCGAGGUUGGAUAGAAAACCCAACAAGCAAGCUGAGAAAAGGUUUAAAAAAUUCCUGUAUUCACUAAGAGAUUCCAAAGAAUUUAUUUGGAAUAUUGAAGAAGAUUUCAAAUAUGUCCCGGAGUGCUGGAUUCCAGCAAAGGAAAUACAGCAUUCUAAUGGGAACCCUUUGCCUGAUGAAAAUGGACACAUUCCAGGUUGGGUGCCAGUGGAGAAAAACAGUAAACAAUAUUGCUGGCAUUCAUCUGUUGUAAACUAUGAGGCUGAAGUAGCUCUUGUAUUGAAACACCGUGCUGAUGACCCUGGACUUCUGGAAAUCAGUCCUGUGCCAUUAUCAAACCUUUUGGAACAAACACUGGAGCUUAUUGGAACUAAUAUUAAUGCAAAUCCAUAUGGAUUAGGAAGUAAGCAGCACCCUGUACAUCUUCUUGUACCACAUGGGGCAUUUGAAAUAAAGAAUCCACCUGUGCUGAAACACAAUGAUAUACUGUCCUGGCUUGACAAUGGCACGGAAGGUAAAAUAGAAGGAAUUGUAUGGCACUGCAACGAUGGAACUUUAAUCAAGCUCCAUCGCCAUCAUCUUGGUUUGUGCUGGCCAAUUGCAGAGACGCAUCUGAAUUCUCAGCCAGUUGUUGUCAGUUGGACUAAAUAUGACUAUGACUUUGAACCACCCAGUUUGUUUCACCAUUUUUCAAAGCUGGAUGGCCAAAGAUUCAGUAGACUCAAAGAUAUAAAAUUUGAUUUCUAAGAAAAUAAAUCUAACUUGGUUGCCUAGGUACUGCUGUACAUUCCUUCCACCUUGCCUACAGAAUAAAAAAUAAACUUUUGCAAAUUAUUUUGAUGGUAGUUUUCCAUCUACAAAACUAUUGUUGUUGGACAUAAGUGACCAGUUCGGUGUAGCAAAAGAGCACUAGUGUAGAUAGCACAGUUAUAGGUUCCAGAAUAUAAGCUCCUUUAACUUUUGUUUUGAAAGAUCCUUAAAUAUUGAGUCUACCUUUUUUAAACUGUUGGGCUUGGGAAUAAUACAGUGUUAGCCACCCCAAGCAGCUUUUAUAGUGAAUGAAAGAAUGUAAUGAUGGCUUAAACUCAGUGAACUGUAAAGGUAUCUCUAUGUUUAUUUUAUAUUCCACAUAUCAAUAAUGGGAUACUGUCAAGUUUAGACCUGAGGCUUAGAAAGAAUUGAGCAGUAUUAUCAGUGAAGAUGGAUUUAAAGCAGGACAAUAACCUGGCCCUGAAACUCUUUUGUUCUGUUCAUGCAAGACAGCAGUAAUUUUUUUAUCUAUAAGCUGCAGCAUUAUUCUACAGCUUGAAAACCAGGUAGUGUAAUUUGUUAAGUUAUGAGUGUUUCUAUUUUGUUGAAGCAAAAACUUUUGUUUAUUAAUAUCAUGUAAAAACCACCAGUACUAAUAAUUUUAAAAAUGCUUAGUUAUUCAAAGGAGAUGAAAAUUGGCUUUAGAAUACCUGCUUUAAGUCCUAAACGAAUUUCGAAAACACUUAUCAACAGCUGCAUGUAAAGUAACGUUUUAAAACGGAACAUAAAAAUAAAGACUAUUUAAAUUGC